AUGGGGGGGAUGCUGGCACUGGCACUGCCCCCAGGGAAGGGACCUCACCUCGUGGGCUGCACAGAUGUCAUGGUGGGCCAUACACAGCAGGGGCUCUUCCUUCGCCUCUUCUACCCCUGCCUGCCCCAGGCAGGGGCUGCACAGCCUCUCUGGAUCCCACGCUCCGAGUACUGUGGGGGCCUGGCUGACUUCGCCCUGGGUCGUCGCUGGUGCUCAGCCCUGAUCAGCAUCGCUGUCGGCUCCUGCAGAGUGCCAGUCAGCUGGAAUGGGCCUUUGAAGCCCCACAGCCAUGGGUACCCCCUGGUCAUCUUCUCCCAUGGCCUGGGAGCUUUUAGGACCCUGUACUCCUCGGUGUGCACAGAGCUGGCAUCCUGGGGCUUUGUGGUGGCAGCACUGGAGCACAGGGACCAUUCUGCUGCCACCACCUAUUUCUGCACGGCAGAGGAUGGGAGAGAGGAGUGGAUCCCCUUCCAACAGGUGCCCCCAGGGCAGAAGGAGUUUUACUUCCGAAACAAGCAGGUCCAUCAGAGGGCAGAGGAAUGUGUGCGAGCUCUCCGGCUCUUCACGGACAUUGCCAGUGGGAAAUCUGUCCCAAACCUCCUUUGCCAGGAUUUGGAUCUCUCCAUGCUGAAGGACAACAUUGAUCUGACCAAAGUGGUAGUCAUGGGCCAUUCCUUUGGUGGGGUGACAGCAGUGCUGGCCUUGGUGAAAGAGCCCAGAUUCAGGUGUGCUGUGGCUCUUGAUGCCUGGAUGUUCCCCCUGGAGAACGUGCUGUACCCAGAGGUGCCCAAGCCUGUGCUCUUCAUCAACACUGAGAAGUUCCAAACUCCAGAAGGUGUUGCCAAGAUGAAGAGGCUGAGCUCCAGAAACAGCCAGACAAAGAUUAUAACUGUCCUGGGAACUGUGCAUGAGAGCCAGACUGACUUCGCCUUUCUCCCUGGGAAGCUCAUCAGCCUCAUCUUCGGCGCCAGGGGGACCCUCAACCCCCACAAGGCUCUGACCAUCACCAUCCAGGCAGUUCUGGCCUUCCUGCAGAGGCACCUCAACCUGGAAGAAGAGUUCCAUCAGUGGGAUGACCUCCUUGAAGGUGUUGGAGACUCCGUUGUUCCUGAAGCACCGUUCUGCCGCUCCAACCUCUAG